UUUUUCUUUCUUUCCUCCUCCUCGCCUCUUCCUCUUCUCCCAAUCUCCGACAGUUCCCAAAUUUCCCAUCCCCAUCCCCAAACCCAAACCCCAACACACCCGAGACGAAACGGAGGAAAAAAAAAAGUUCGCACGCGACGACGCGAGAGAGGAGAAGGGAAGGAAAGCUGCGGACGAAAGCGAGAGAAAUCGCCAUCCCCUCCAAACCCUAGCCACCCCCACCCUCCUCCUCCAGAUCCCGCUGCCGCCCGCCCUGCCUCGAUGUGACCCUGCCCUAGGGUUUGCGACGGUGCGGUGCGGUGGUGUGGGGGUGAGGGUAUUCGCUGGGAGGAUUCGUGACUCGGAGGGGUUGGAGGUGGCGUCGUCGCGCGCGCACAUGAAGGACCCGGCGCACCGAACGAAGGUGGUGCUCCGGCGGCUGCCGCCGGCGAUCGCGCAGCAGACCGUGUUGGACCAGGUCGACGCGCGCUUCGCCGGGCGGUACGACUGGGCGUGCUUCCGCCCCGGCAAUGCCAGCCAAAAGAAUCACAGGUAUUCUCGACUGUACCUUAAUUUCAAGUGCCCGGAAGACGUUUUUGAGUUUGCUGAGUUCUUCAAUGGGCAUGUAUUCGUGAAUGAAAAAGGUGCUCAAUUUAAAGCUCUUGUGGAAUAUGCACCAUCGCAACAGGUUCCUAAGUCAAAUGUUAAGAAGGAUGGCCGUGAAGGAACUAUAAUGAAAGAUCCGGAAUACUUGGAGUUUCUUGAGCUUAUUUCAAAACCUACUGAGCAUCUGCCAAGUGCUGAAAUUCAGCUUGAAAGGAAAGAAGCUGAAAGGACAGCUGCUGGAAAGGAGGCACCUGUUAUGACACCUCUUAUGAUUUAUGUUCGUCAGCAAAGGGUGGCUAAGAGUAUGGCUCAGAGAUCUGGAAGUAGACUUAGCAGAAAAGUUGCAGGUGUUGCAACAAGCAGUUCCAGACCUUCUAAAAGGUCUUCUGAGAAGCGCAGGUCCUCCACAUCAACGCAGUAUGUUGUACGUGACAGUGCUAAGGAGAAACCGACUUACAUCUUAAUGCCAAAGAGAGAGGAGCAUAAACAGAGGGAAAAAGUUAUUGCUGAAACUUCAGAUGCGACAAUUGGGGGAACAUCCGGAUCUGCUCAGGUUGCUGAGGCUAAAAGGGACAGAAUUGUCCUUUUGAAAGGAAGAGCAAGGGUUGAUUCUAAUACAUCUGACAGCGCAACCCAGCAGCAGUUAUUGACCCCUGUGAAGAAUGCACCACCGUCAAGUUCUAGACAAGACCAGCGACUUGAGGCCAGUGGCAGAAUUGUUAAGACUAAACUUUCAAACAAGGAAGUGCGCAAUGCAAAUACUUCUCAACAUGAGCAGGAAGGUCACAUGUUUAACACUGAAAAGGAUAGGCGGCCACCACGGGGUCUAAACUCGCGUUCCAUAGUGAAAGAUCAGAUAGUCGAAAAUUCUGAGAGAAGCCAUUUUGACGAGAAGGCUAAUCAUCUCCAUGGCUCUGUACCCACUGGUGAGAAGAUUGAAAGGCAUGCCAGAAAUAGAGAUAGGCCAGACCGGGGUGUAUGGGCCCCUCGCAGCUAUGACAAAUCUGCAUCUGGAGGUGGUUUGCAUACCUCAUCAUCUGAGUUCGCACUAAUGCAGUCAAAUUCUGGUGAUAAUUUCUCUCAGCAAAUAGAUGGUCAUGGAGAGAGAAAAACAGACACAAGGAAUCAUGGUGGUGUUCACGGUGGUCCUGUAGAAAAUGGACAUAGGCAUGCUAACCGUCGUGGUCCUCCGCGUGGACUGAAGGAAACGGAAAUCACUACUAGCACAUCUGAUGGAAAGGCUUCAAAGAGGGGCACUGCCAGCUAUGGUGCUCAUGAGAGACAAGUAUGGGUUCAAAAGUCAAGUACGGGCUCGUGAGUCAUUGAUGAUACACUCAUCAAUUUGGAUUUUGCAGCUCAUUCUUCUUUAUUAGCUGUUGAUCCUGUGAAGUAUAUUAACAAAAUGCACAUCAAUCAAAUGCUGCCAUGAAGUGCAAUCUCAGAUUUGUCAAUCAAAGUCUCAGCUAAAGCUGAAAAUGGAGCUUGAUUUGAUUCACAGAAAUAGUGAACAUAACCCGACCUGUAGGUAGCUCUCAAUCACUAUGGGUGAGAUUUGAUUUGUGUGCCUAAGGUUGCUAUUCCUGGAGCAAUGAAUGGAGACUAAGUUGGCAUCAGUACCUCGUGACAGUGGUCACAUAUUUCCAAGACCCCUGGAUGCUAUACACAACCUCGACAAUUCAUCAGAGAUGGAUGUAAAUAUCUCUAGAGAAAGAAGAGGUCUGGUUCUGAUUGCUGUUUACAGGUUAGAGGUGCCGUGUAUUUACAAAGAGAGAUAAGAGUUAUCAGACCACCCGGUUUGCUAAAUAAAGGUGAAUUUAGUUAGUAGAUUAUGAUACCCCUGUGUUCAGCUGCUGCAAUCGUGGUUCGCCGCAACAGAAAGUUACCCUAGAGGGCAAAGUGACAUCUCAUCUUAGCUUUAUGUUUCCGACUAAAUGGGAUGUGAGAUUGUUUUGACUUCUGGUGUGUGUUUUGCUUUGGGGGAGUGGGGAGGUUCAUGAUGUUAAGAAUGACAUGCAUGUACAGCAUCAAAGGUGCUUGCUCUUUUAAAUCUUAAGUGAUGUUGCCUUGCGUUGAUGGUUGA